AUGCUUGCACUUAUCUCCAUCCUUGCUCUCGCCACAACGGCUUUUGCGGCUCCAGUCGCUGAUGGGCCAGUCCUGGGUGUUGUUGUGGGAGCUCCUGCCGCCACUACCACCGCCAUUGGUCCAAACCCAACUCAAGUAUCCAUCAACUCGAUCUCUUAUGGUGGAACUGGCUGCCCGCAAGGCACAGUAGGAUCAUUCAUCUCAGCAGAUCGUUCGACCUUCACUCUUAUCUUUGAUGCAAUGGUUGCUUCUAUCGGAACUGGUGUUCCCGUAACCGAGAAUCGGAAGAAUUGCCAGCUCAACAUCAACCUGCAAUACCCAUCCGGAUUCCAGUACAGCGUUCUGAGCACCGAGUUCCGUGGUUAUGCUGAUCUCCAAAAUGGUAUCAAUGGAGUUCAACAAGCAACCUACUACUUUUCCGGAUCGUCUGCUCAAGCAUCAAUCUCGACGAACUUCAAGGGCCCAACUAACGGCGAUUACGCGAUCUCUGAUCAGAUCCCAUUCACCUCCACCAUUUGGUCGCCUUGCGGAGCUGCAAUGCCUCUCAACAUCAACUCUCAGGUUCGACUUACUAGCACGAAAUCUGGUGCGAGUGGUCUGUUGACCCAGGAUUCCAUUGAUGGAAAGGUCACCUAUGUUGUCGGGGUGCAAUGGCAGAAGUGCACACCACCGAAGGAGUAG